AUGAGUGAUAAAUUGAAUGCUAAUAAUGAACACGAGAAUAAUAUUACGGAUGAAACUAAUGAUCCAUACGAUCGCCAAAUGAAUGAAUCAAAUCCAGUGACCACUCGUAUGGAUAAUUCAGAAGCACUGCCAUUGAAGGGCACGGAUACUGUGGACGGGUAUCAUAGACAAGAGGGUAAGAGUCGGUUAAAGGACUGUUUGACCAGUUGUGGAGCACUGGCAUGUUUUGGAGAUUUGACAGGGCUAAGCGGUGGCUCAGUCUAUGUACACGACUGUCCAAAAGACCCAGCCAUUCCUUGUCACUGAGUGUGUUCAAUGCUCGAUACCCUGAUUAUAAUGACCCGGGAUCACUUAACUACUGUCACCCUACACUAUAUUUAUCCGCAUAUUAUAUCUUAAUGAUACUUGUGGUCAUAGGUUGUGUAUGUAUAGCAAUGGGAAUAACCUUUUGUUUCUACCAUUUGUUAACUAAAAAUAAAAACUAAUAAUUCUG